UAUAUUUCACAUCACUAAUUGCAAGUCAUUUUGGCAUCAAAUUCCGGCUUUUUGGAGAUAGACUUGUAUUUUGUUUGCUAACGUUUAAAAAAGAACUUACACAACAGCAAUGUUUUUGACACGUUCCGAAUACGACAGAGGUGUAAACACCUUCUCACCCGAGGGCCGCCUCUUCCAGGUGGAGUAUGCUAUUGAGGCUAUAAAGCUGGGCUCCACUGCCAUCGGCAUAUGCACAAACGACAGUGUUGUGUUGGCUGUAGAGAAACGCAUUACUUCACCAAUGAUGGUACCCAAGACUGUGGAGAAGAUUGUCAAAGUUGAUGAGCAUAUUGGCUGUGCUACGUCUGGCUUGAUGGCCGAUGCACGUACACUGAUUGAACGUGCACGCGUUGAAUGCCAGAAUCAUUGGUUUGUCUACAAUGAGGCAAUGACAGUGGAAUCUUGUGCCCAGGCGGUCUCCACGCUGGCCAUACAGUUUGGCGACAGCGGAGAUGGUGACGGUGCUUCUGCCAUGAGUCGUCCAUUUGGUGUGGCUAUAUUGUUUGCUGGUAUUGAAGAAGGCAAACCUCAACUCUGGCAUAUGGAUCCAUCCGGCACAUACAUACGUUACUGCGCCAAGGCCAUUGGCUCGGGCAGCGAGGGCGCACAACAGAACUUGCAGGACAAAUAUACGCCCGAGAUGUCUGUGAAGGAUGCCAUUGAUUUGUGCUUAAACACACUGAAACAGGUCAUGGAAGAGAAAUUGAAUGAAACGAAUGUAGAGGUCAUGACUAUGACCAUUGACAACAAAGAUUUCAAAAUGCUGAGCGAAGAUGAGGUGAAGAAACUGAUUGAGGAGCUGGCGUAAACUUAACUGAACACCAUUAAAGCAUUUUUUCUAUAAACCUGGAACAUUUUGGUUAUAUGCAAGAAUAUUUUGUGAAUAAAGGGAUUAUAAAUCGAGUUGCCUACCAAUAAGUAAA